CGACUACACAAAAACACUGGCCGGACGCGUUUCUUUCUCAACACGAGGAGGAUCCACCGACAUUGCAACACCAAAGAAAAGCAAGAUCGGAMGACAGGUAUCGGUGACUAGAAUCCCAAACAAUUCCAGAACUGCUACGCCAGAGACACCCAGACCCAUUUUUCCAGCAUGUUCAUAAAGAAAGACUUGCGGAAGAUCCCCACCAUCCUAAGCGACGCCGUCGAUUGCAGGACGUACGACGAAGGGAACGACGAAAACAGCAACAACGGGACAAAAAUCAAGCGCACCAAGCGCGAGGAGCCCCUCCGGAUCCUCAAGCUCGGCCGCCGCAAGCAAGAAUUCAACGGAUGCGUAAGGGUCCUCUGCCAGCCGGAACACUUCCCGAAGCUUGGGCACCUGUCGGUGGUGAACCUCUACGAGUGCGACAUCCACGAUYUGACCGGAUUUGGGCCCGUCUUUGGCGCCUCGGCGCCCAACCUGGAGACGCUCAACCUGGGGCGGAACCCCCUGAGCAAGGGGAUCCCCGACGACUUUUCGGAGGUCAAAUCCCUCAAGCACCUGUGGCUCGACGACUGCAAGCUCRCCGGAGCCCUGCCGAGGGCGUUGCUGAAGCUCCCGAACCUCGAAAGCCUGCGGCUUCCCAACAACAGAAUCACCCACCUAGACAUUGGUGAGGCGGACAYGACCAACGGCAGCGGCAGCAACAUCGGCAACAGCGGGAAGAACAGGGACGACGGGGAAGAAUUCGAAUACGAGUGGGACGACACGGCCAUGAAGGAUGCUUCGACAACGACGAACGAGGUGACACCGCUCAAGAACCUGAAAAUUCUCUGCCUGGAUCGGAACCUGCUGGGAACCACAGACGCCGAUGGCAGCAGGGACGGGGCCGGCGAAGGGGGCGACACGGGAAACGCCAAUCCAAACACCAGCAAGGACGCAGGAGACGAUCCCCGCGAGGCGGAGCAGAGUGGGACCUCUCCGGCGCGGGCCRUCCUGCCCCCGAAUCUGGCCGAGUGGUUCCCUGCCCUCGAGGAGCUCCUCCURCGGCACAACCACGUCCGGAGGCUCGGUGUCCGAGACUGGCCGGAGCACCUCCGGAUCCUCCACCUCUCCUCGAACCGCCUGGAGUCCCUUUCCGAGCUGUCGAGCGGGGGCCUGCGCUCGCUGGCGCACCUCUCCGCGAACGGAAACCUGCUAGGGGCCCUGCCGGAGGGGAUCCUGUCCGACCACCCGGGCCUCCGGCGGCUGGUUGUGAGCCACAACCCGCCCCUCCGKGACCUGCCGGUGGAGGUCUGGGAGCGUAUGGGVCUCCUGCCCCGCGCGGCAGCGGGRGCGGUCGACGAAGCCCCUUUGCCGCCGUGCGACAUUGUGUGGCAGCCCAAUCCGAACCUCUCCGCUCCGGCGGCCGGCGGCGGCCGGGRAGACGGCGCGAUGGAAGAGUGAGGACGCGGCCGGGCGUCCUCUGGUGGACGGGCGGGCGGGUGGGGUUCCUUGMUAUGGCCUUCCUAYUCGCAGKGGGUGGCACCAGCUACUGUACAAGUCAUGGAAAGUCUACGUUCACCUGUUCAACCAAGCAUAGUACUACUAGAAUCCUUUUUCCUUUGAAACAUCUCGGCUAUAAUAUUUAAC